AUGCCCACCCUCUUCCCACCAUGGCCAAACCUCCUCUUCGGCAUCCUCGAGCCGAUCUCCCUAGUUCUAGGCAGUCUAGCCCCGCUCUACGACCUAACCGGCUUCAUCACCGAUCAAACCCCCGCUAGUUCCCCUCCAACCCCACACCCCAGCAGCGCAGCCCUAGCCUACCAGCUGGGGAACCUGUAUUUCCUGCUGUUCAUGGUCGGUGUGGCCGUGUGCCACACAACCUCCGAGCCCCGCGUUUUGCGAAACUACCUCGUCGCACUGGCCAUCGCCGACGUCGGCCAUGUAUACGCCACGUACUCGGCGAUGGGCUGGAACGCGUUUGUGGAUGUCGGGGCCUGGAACGCGCUGACGUGGGGCAAUAUCGGGGCGACGGGGUUCCUGUUUGUUAAUCGGGUUGCUUAUUUCUUGGGGGUUUUUGGGGAGGCGAGGGCGUUUAAAGCGGUUGGGAAGUGGGAGUGA